CCGGUUAGAAUUUGGGGGGAAGUCAAAAUGUAGCAAGGAAUUAUACCUAUUUUUUUUUUAAAAUCCUGAAAAUAAGGCGUGAAAAGGAACAUUUACUUUGUAAUUAACUAUGGCACCACCAAAAUCAAGGAAGAUCGUCAUCAUGGGCUUUCGCUCUGUUGGUAAAUUUUGUAGAUGUGAAACGUGACUUUUAUUUUGCUAGAAACCUCUUCCCGGUUUAUGAUUUUCUCUCGAUUUACAUGGCCGUUGUUCACUUUUCAGGGAAAUCUUCGAUCACGAUCCAGUUAGUGGAAGGGCAAUUCGUGGAUUCCUACGAUCCAACAAUUGAGAAUAGUGAGUAUAGUUCAUCCAUCUGUGUCUCAAAACGACCUUUAAUAUUCUUACAAUCGAACGAGCUAAAGCAGGUUUCGCUUGAGUUGAACCAUUCCUUUUAUUUAUUUUCUUUUGAAAGCUUUUACAACGAAAGUAAAGCAUAACAGUCAAGAAUACGUGUUGGAGCUUGUCGACACGGCGGGCCAGGUAAAUAUUAUGGAUAAAGCACUCUUGAUUUCUCGUUGUUUUAGAGACAGUUAUCCAUUUGUUUUUUUUUCAUGUAAAUCAUGUGUACAUCCAGCUAUGCACGUAUCAUGCUUCCGUUUUUCCACAAGGUAUAAAUGUACCGUUAAAAGUUGUGAAUAUACGGUCUGCAGCUAAUUAAAACCUAGCAACAUAAAUAUCUAAUAUUUAGCUCGGCAUCUUUCGCUUUCACGUUAAAUUUUUAGCUAAGAUUUUACAUAAUUUUGACUUCAAGUAGUUAUUUAUAGAGUUAGUAACCUUUGUGAAAAUAAAACUAUAUUUAUAGUUAAAUAUGUUUAGCUUGUGAUAAUGGCAUGGUGCAUUGGGUACUUAACCUCUGCCAUUUCUCUCGAGUAAAACUCGACGGGGAAGAAAAAAUGCCUGAAAUUCGCGGCCAAUUAUUGGGAAUUCUACUGAUUCAAAAUUAUUACUCAAGAAAGUCAAUCAUGUACUACGAAGAUCUAGAAACUUCGAGGACUUUUUUUUAUACAACUUUCUUUUUCCAGAGUCACUUAUUAUAUAUUCUUCAAUUAAGACAUGUAUGUUAAAAGCUUAUGGAUGACUGUUGGUGUUUAUCCUGUUAUGAACUUAAAAAAAAAUUAGUGGCAAAAAAUUGUUCAAAAAAUUGAUAAUUUGUCAGCAUUAAUUGCAGAAUUUUAUUAGUAUCAUGUUACACCAUUUUUUGAGGAGACAAACAGACCACUCCUCUAUCUUGUUUUUGAACAAAAUUUGAGAAAAACAGGAGUAUAAUAUUACAACUUAUUCUGUAGAGUUACACAUGUAUAGUGAAAUUCAAGAUGAGCAAAAAAAAUGAUAGUUCUAUUUUGUGGGAUGAAAAAGCUUGGAAAGGACCAGACACAUUAAUUUGAAGAACAGAUGACCAUUUUUAUUUAUGGUUUAUCUUCAAAUUGGAGCGAUGAUUGCAGUAUUGCAUAGUUGACAUUCACUAGUGGUUUAUAGCAAUUAAUUUAAAUUUUUGUUUUCACUCUUGAUUGAUUCAGGUGAUUUAUGUCAAUUCUGUUUAAAUUGUUCUCUUAUAUAUAUGCUUACCAUAAUUAAUAAACUCUUUCUGUUGCUCUUGAGCAACCACCUUCCAGUUCUGGCCGCCAAAUUAAGAUUUAAGGUCACAGAUGGCAACUUUGAAAAUGGUUUAUAUAAAAGCAUUGCAGUUAGCCAACCAUGCAACCAGUUAUAUUUAAGUGUUAUAAUCUGAAUUUGAAAUUUUUCUGCUUUAGCUUUUUCAUUUGUGCUGGAAGUGCAUCAAUAUAUGACAUAAUUUUAUCUAUCUUGUCUCCAGGAUGAGUAUUCUAUUUUCCCUCAGUCCUACUCAGUUGGAAUUCAUGGUUACGUUCUUGUAUAUGCUGUAACAUCACCAAAAAGGUAGGUUUAUGAAAGGAAACUUCAAAGAGAAUAAAUGAAACAGAUAUAGACAACAUUAAUAAAUGUUUUUUGUAGGGGAAUUAAAAUAAAGCUAAUUCUUACGUAGUACUAGCUUCAGCCUUUCUUUCCCAAGUGCUAUUAAUGAGACUGGUGGUUGAAUUUACCAUAAGGUCAAUUUCGUGGUUUUUUAUUAUGCAAUUCUUUUUCCUUCCAGUUUUGAAGUUGUCAAGGUUAUUCAUGAAAAGCUACUGGAUAUGUCAGGCCAAGAUUAGUAAGUAAAAAUUGCAAAAAAACUUAAAUUCAUUUGAUUUUACUUUCUGUAAUGUGUUAAAGGUAACUAAAGGUUUGCUUGAUGGGGUUUUGAUUGAUCCUGAUCAUGGUGCACCUAAUUGUGUUAACCCUUAAAUCCUUAAGAGUGACCAACAUCUCAUUUCUCCUUAGACUAUCACCUCUAAAUAAAACAUUAGGGUUGUGUGAAUUAAGUAAAUGAUAAUUUUCAACCAACAUCUUUGUCAGUAUCAUAAGAAAUGUGUAGAGAACAGAAUGGAGAAUGUGCAUACUGAUGUUAAGGAGUAAAGAGGAGAGGUAAGAGGUUAAGCGGCAAGGGUGUCAGGGAAGCCUGGCAAAAUACUUGGGACUCAUCUGCAAUGGACUAGCAUCCUAUCUACUAGUGGUAGCACCAAUACACCACCUGCUCAGGGAGUGUGGUGUGCAUGACUGGCACACAAGGCUGUCGAUAACCACCCGGGGGCUUCCCUAACUUGUUAGAAAUGCAAGAUCAAAUGAACCCUCAAACAUAAUUGCACAGACUGAAUCAAAAACUCACUUUUGUGUACUUCUUUUUAUUUCUUCCUAGUGUGCCAAUGGUCCUUGUUGGAAACAAAACUGAUUUACAUAUGGAAAGGUACAAAUACAUUUACAACUUGAAUUUCAGGCUUGAGAUCGUGCUAAACAGCAAAGCAUAAAAUCUUCCUGAAAGAAUGAAAAGCCAUUGAAUGUUUUGUUAAAUGCAGGGCCCAGAUGUUUGACUUGGGCUAGCCCAGGGUUAAAUUUGAAUCCAGGUUUCUAUAUUUCUCUGUUCAAAAGCUGUUUUGGGUUAAUUUUCCUAUUUCUUUUUAGAGCAUUCAAUUAUCACAUUGUAGACAAAUGGAAUCAAACUGAAUAUUCUCUUAGAGCUUUCAGAUCUGAAAUCAAAUUUCAUGCUAACCCAAGGUUAUCUUAAUCCAGCUUUGAACAACCUGGCCCUGAUGUUCAAAACAGAAUUCAGACCAAACUGUUUUUAAAGUGUUUUUUAAACUAAACUUCUGUUCACUUUGAACUGAAUUUUAGGCCAAAGUGUUUUUAAACUAAACUUCUGUUCAUGUUUUAGAAAAGUCCCAACUGAAAAUGGAAAAUCCCUUGCUGAUUCCUGGAAGGCAGCUUUCUUUGAAUCAUCAGCUAAGGAAAACAGUGUAAGUGAAAGCCUCUAAACCUUACAAUGGUUUCAUAUAAGUUUUGGAAUUGUAUAUUAUGCAAGUUGGAACACUUUGUAAUAUUUCAAGCAGUAGACUUGGAAUCAAAUUGUCUAGGUUGAAGCCAAACCAACUUGGUUAUGUUCUGGUGUCAGAGAGUGAAGUCGAGAUGUUUGCUUUCAAAACUGUCAGACUUUACAUGUCUUUUCCAUAAUGCAGGAAAAAAACCUUUUGGAAUUACAAAGGGUCAGUUGUCUGUGGUGGUCUUCUUUGUCAUUACCAGUUGUAUACUGUAAUUUGCAAUACUCCCAGUGAAUACUAGUUGUAAUAUGGUUUUAAAAUCUGGCAGGGCAGGCCUAUUACUGGUAGUUUGCACACAGACUUUCAGCACUGUCUAGUAACUAUUGACAUUUAACUUUAGCUUCUUUUCUUACUUCACAGAGUGUCCAUGAAAUUUUCCAGAUGGUCAUUCGGGAAAUAGAAAAGCGCGACAAAGAUGGGAAUGUAGACAAGAAAGAGGAUUGUACCAUUUUAUGACCACCGUCCCCACCCAUACAGCAAGCUACCAUGGAACCUAAAUUAUAUUUUAUGAUAUGAAAACUUUUUCUUUCUACUCUACUCUAUGCUGAUCUAAGAAAUUUAUUUUCCCCUGUAGAACUGAUUUUAAUGAAAUCUCACCUAAAUGAUGAAUAUGAUUUGUAUCAACUGGGGCCAUAAGAGUUAGUGAAUGUGCAUUGUAAAUUUCUGGUUUCAGAAUCUUCUACAUCCCAGUUUAAAGUCAUGUAAGCCCUCUGUGUGUUUUAAGAGUGGCAGUGUCUUGUUUUUUCUUGUUUCUUUAAUUUGGCUUUUGCUGUAAUCCUGGUAGCAGUGUUUAGUGAACUCAUUUCUAAUUGUUAGAUAUAAAAGCAUUUGCCUGUUCUUUUCUUUGGUUACCUGGUGAAUGCCUUUGCAUUUUUCUCGAUUCUUUCUAAAUACAACAAUUAUAAUAACAAUGGAUGAGGAGUGUACUUCAGAUCAGGACAAUAUAUUUUUAACAACAAUUGCUUUAAUAUAUGGCUGAACCUUGUUCAAAGAGAUUGCGCAGUAGUUUAAAUGCGCAUUUGCAAAAUUUCAUAGUCAAAACUGUGAUCUCUUUUUGUGUGUGUGUGUGUGUAUCAGGUCUGAUCACAAAAGAUGAUUGUGUGUGUUUUUAACAUUCUUUGAUGGUCUGGUAGAUUUGUCAUGAAUAAUUGUCAAAUCACAUAUACUCUAUGCUGUUUAGGCUCACUGAUUUUUAAACUUUUAGGCCUGAGUUGCGCAAAGCUAUCAGCCACCAUCUUUGGAAAGGAACCUGUGUUUCUCCCCUCUAAGUGUACAGCUACUCUUCUUGGGGAGGAUAGCAAACUCCACCCUAAAGAACAGGUGCGCUUAGGCUUAUUGCAACCCAGGAUUAGGGUAACAUAGUUUAGGAACCACAUAGUCCUCAAUGUUUAAUACCUUAUUGACAAGUUGUAAUGUGGUGUGUGAUCUUUGGUGCAUAGGUUUGAGCAAAAAAUUGUCAAAAGUAAUAGUUUCUUGCAAAUGGUGAAAGGGAAGUAGUGUACCUACUCUGUAGCAUAUAUAGCAUGUGCAAAUUAUGAGGGUAAAUUGUUAAAAUUGUUUGUUUCUUCAAAUUUCAUGUAGGGGCAAAUAUACAAAAAUGAUUUUUAAUUAGUAAAAUUGCUUCUUUGUAAUUAUGCCUAAAAUGUAAAAUGUUAUGCACUCAUUCAUUUGAUUCAUUCAUAAUUUUUCUUUUCAAAAUCAGUGUUUUAAAGCUGUAAAACAUUUGUUUGGUGGAUUUACCUGAUGUUAAUUGGACCUUGAUCAAGGUCCAAAAAUGUCACCCUGAAGCACAGUUGUAGUGUUUUUUUUCUUGGUUAUUUCAGACCUAAUUGUUUUAAAAGUUAUGUUAGAAAAGAAUUUAACAGUAAUUGUGCUUGUUCUUGUCAUCAUCUCACUUGUUUGAACUCUGUUUAAUUUUUGUAGAAAUAAAUGGUUGUUGAUGUGUU